UUGGCGAUAAAGUGUUUUUGUUUUUUUCCACCGUUUUUUCUUGUUUGAAACGUUUGACGCGUUUCGGCAGGAACGUCGUCUUUUAUUCAGUUCGCAGUUUUUUCUGGGUUUGAGAGGUUUCUGAUUGCUUGGGAAGGAUUUGACGGCGAUUGAGAGGAAAAUUGGGGUAAAAUGGGGGGUGAAGGAGACCGGAAACGUUUUCAAGACAGGGGGAUUAUCGUUGAGAUAAGACUGGAAAACUUCAUAACUUAUGGAAAUGCUGUGGUGCACCCUGGUCGUCACUUAAACGUGAUAAUUGGUCCCAAUGGCACAGGGAAGUCGACAAUUGCGACUGCACUGGCUCUGGGCUUUGGUGGAACUCCAAAGCUGAUUGGAAAACCCGACAUGCAGGUUGGAAUGACUGUCAAAGCUGGCUGCCAGAAGGCUAGGAUUGAUAUUGUCAUCAGGAACACUCCCACUGAGAAUACGACGUUCUCGAGGACAAUUGAUCGUCAGAGCAAGUCUACUUUCUUGAUUAAUAAUAAUGUUGUGACUAGUGCCAAGUUCAAGGAGGCUGUCAAAGAUUUUCGUAUUCAGGUGGACAACCUGACCCAAUUCCUCCCUCAAGAGAACAUCAAAGGUUUCUCCGAGCUCAGCGGGAAGCAGCUGCUCUUCAACACGGAGCGUUCGGUCUCGGACACCUCCCUGGAGGCCCACCACAAGACGCUGAUCGAGAACCGGGACCAGCAGAAGCUCCUCGAGCAAGACAUUGCCCAGCGCAGCACACGCCUUGCCAGCUCCGAGCAGCGUCACGCUGCCCUCACCGGGGAGGUGAACCAGUUCAAAGAGCGCAAGAACCUGAAGAAGAAGCUCCAAGCCCUGAAGCAAAAACGAGCCUGGAUCAAGUACGACAUCCAGCGAAAGGAGUUAAUGGACGUAAAAAAGCGUCGGGACGAGGCAGCCCAGAAGAUGAAGCUCUGCGACGAGCGUCUGGCGCCCAUGGACGCAGCCAUCAAGUCCCUCCAAGCAGAAGUGAAAGCCCUGGACCGAAAAUUCGAGCUGAACACGAUGAAAAUCACCGACUUCAACAAGCAGUACAAAAAGUGCCUCGAGGACAUCGAGGACCUGAACCACAUGAUCAAAACCGAGGAGCAAAAGUGCAAAGCAGAGAUGGAAAACGAGAAGAAACGAGACGACAAAAUCCUAGCACAACGCCAGAUGAGCGAGAAGUACGAGAACGACAUGCUGGCCCUGGAGGAGGAGUACGGAGCUGAGGACGAACUCCGUCGUCAGAUCCAGGAGCUCGAUCCCCAGAUCCAGGUCCACAGAUCGGCCAUCACAAGCCUCUCAGAAGAGUUGAACAACAGGAAAGCAGAGGCAGAGCAGCUGUCCUACCAGAUAAACAGCCUCAAACGAGAGCACAAGUCCUUGAAGGACAUUGAGUCAAAACGCCUGGACAUUCUGAUGGGCGCCAGCAAGGACGCCUACAAAGGAGUCAUGUGGCUGCGUGAGAACACCCACCUCUUCAAGAAGAAGGUCUGGGAGCCGAUGCUGCUGUACAUCCAAGUGAAGGACAACAGGUACUCAAAGUACUUCGAGAACACCAUUUCCCACAGGGAUUUAAUAGCCUUCGUCUGCGAGGAUAAGGAGGACAUGGGCCUGCUGUUGAGCCACCUGAGGACUCGUAUGAAGUUGAAAGUGAACGUCGUCCACUCCGACGUCUUCAGGCCCAUCAACAUGACCCCGAGGAUAUCGUUGAGCGAUAUAAAACGAUUUGGCUUCACCCAUUACUUGAUCGACCUCAUCGACGCCCCAGAGCCCAUUCUCAAGUACGUGGUGAACAUGUAUCACCUUCAGAACAUUCCCAUCGGUACCAACAGGGUCGAGGAGACUUUCGAGCAGGUGCCAGCGACGUUCUUCUCGUUCUUCAGCUUGAACAAGCAUUACGCAGUCUCUCGGUCCAAGUACUCGGGGCAGAAGUCAACGAGGAUCAGGGAGACGACUUCCUCGGGGACUCUGUCGAUAACUUUGGACUCAGCCAGGAUCAGUGAGAUUGAGAGGAGGGUGGCUCAGCUGACCCAGAUGAAGGACGGUGCCGUGAGCAAUUUCCAGGUGCUCGAGGAGAAGAUCAAGCGAGAGAAGGCCGCACUGGAUCAGCUCAGGGAGCAGAAACAGGUGUUGACAGGGCAUUACAACAGGAUUCAGAGCACCACGUUCAAGAUCAGCGAGGCUGAGAAGAAGCUCAAGCAGCUUGAAGCUGAGAGGAUCGAUGUCGAGGACGUUAAGAAGAGGAGGGAUGGCGUCAUCAAGAACCUCGUGAGAAAGCAGAUGAAAUUUUAUGGGCAGAUUAAUGACUCCUGUGAGGCGGUGUUCAAGGUUGCGAAGGUCUGUGAGUCUCUUGAGCUGCAGAUCAAGGCGAAGAAUCAUCUGGUCUCUGAGAGGCAGAGGGAGUCCAGGGAGCUGAGGGAACAGGCUAAGGAUGCUGAGAGGGAGUGGAGGGUACGCGAGACGGCUAUGGUGGAGCUGAAUAAUAAGACUAGGGAGCUGCAGGCCAUUGCCAGGGACAUGACUGAUGGCAAGACUCCACAGGACAAGGAAGGGUUCAAGCAAUUCAAUGCUGCAUUUUCCAAGUUACCACCGACGAUUGACGAAAUCGAUGAGAUGAUACAGAAUACUCAGAUGAGGAUUUAUGUGUCGAAGGAUUAUCCUGAUGCUGAGAACACAGUGAGGGAAUAUGAGAGAAUUGGUGCGCAGAUUGAGAAGUACAGGGAGGAGUUGGAGACUUUGAACAGGGAGCUGGCGAGUAAUAGGGAGGAGACUGAGAGAGUUAGGGAGAUGUGGCUGCCUCCGUUGAAGGUCUUGGUCGACCAGAUCUCCUCGAACUUCUCGGGGUAUCUGGAGAAACUCGGCUGCGCUGGGGAGGUCAAGUUGAUACAUGGGGAUAAUCCUAAUGAUUUUGAUGAGUACGCUCUGAAGAUCAUGGUCAAGUUCAGGGCUGAGGAGCCACUGCAGGAGUUCACGAAGAGCAGGCAGAGCGGGGGGGAGACCUCUCUCACGACUGCUAUGUAUAUGAUUGCUCUGCAGGAGAUGUCUCAGGUGCCUUUCAGGUGUGUUGAUGAGAUUAACCAGGGGAUGGAUGCCACAAAUGACCGGAAGGUCUUCGAGCACAUAAUGGAGAUCACAGCGAGAGGAAACAGCUCCCAGUAUUUCUUGCUGACACCAAAGCUACUGCCAAAUCUUCCUUACAACGACAGUGUCUCUGUGCUCUGUGUGUUCAACGGACCUGCUGUUGUUCCACAUACUGUCUGGACACUUGAGAAGUACUGCAAGAAACUGAAGGGGAGGAAGAGGCAAAAACUCAAAGAGAGGGCUUAAUUUUACUCAACAUUCCAGAAGUAUUCGUUCCUCAGUUACGAGAAAGAUACCGUUGCAGUUUUUUUUAUUAAGAAAAACACUUUUCGUUGGAGAUAACAUAUUAUUAUAGUGUUAAUGAUCGUCCUGGUUUCAUUUUAACUGAGAAAGGUUAUAGAAAUGACUGCGAAAAUUGUUAAGAUUGAUUCGACUUCCAAUGAGCGUUGAAAUGGAUAAAAAACCUGAGAGAAUUGAUAAAAAAUUGAGGAUUAACGAAAAGAGUGAAAAAUUGACUUUUUGGAAAUUUAUGUCUCUAAAUUUUUUAAUUAACCACGAGAAUUUAAAACGGUUUCGUUUACUUUCAAAAACAUUUCUCAAAUUCUAAUCAUUCGAUUCAAAAAUAUUGAUGACGACGAAUUAAUUUCUCUCAUUAUUAAUCGUUCGACGGAAGAAUUAUGUAUUUUGGAUAGGUAAUAAUAUCUUCAAGAUUUAGUUGUUUUAAUUGUCAGUGGGAAAGAGAAAAGGCCAUUGGAGUGAGUGAAAAUUGAUCCGAGUAAAAGAAACCAGGAGAAUUCCAAAGUCACAAGAGAAGGUUGAUCUUGUAUUUUCAUACUUAAAAAUAAAUUAAUUUACGAUGUUCAGAGUUA